AUGAAAUUCAUCUACAUUCUUUUAUUUAUUAACAUUAUUUGUUCAUUGUAUACAUUCUCGAAUUGUGAAAUACUAAAUAUUACCCAAUCUGGAAAAUCACUAUCCAUUUAUUUCGCACCGGCAUCAAAUAUGCUUUGGUUUGAAAACUCUAUAAAAUAUUUGGGUAUGACUACCAAUAUUCAACCAUACUGUACCCAAGGAAGCUCACCUAUGAUUUGUAAUUUACCUGCUGUUCCACUAGUACUACUUGUUGAUACGAGUCAAGCUACUAAAACGAUAUAUGUUGAUUGUUCAAAGGGAAGUAAUAACCCAGCAACUUGUGGUACUUCGAUCGACAAUGCAUGCUCGUCUUUGUGGCUGGCGCUCAAUACAACUACCGUCAAUGAUACAGAUAUUGCCAUGUUACUUGCACCCGGUACCUAUAGUGGCAAAUACAACACUGGACUGUUGAUUUACAACAUAUCGGUUAGCUUUUCACCUAUACCAACAAUACCAAAUAAUACUGUCAUCAUAUCAAAUGACAAUAACGACGAUACCUACAAAAUGGCUAUUCAACCAUUCAUCAUCAUUCCCCCUCCACCCUCCUCUACAAAUAUUACAAAUAACAAUAAUACUGGUAUUAAUGGUAGUAGUACUAGUAGUAGUAGUGAUGCUACAAAUGGUUUGAAUGAUACAAGUACAACUAUUAUAAUCAACUCUAUACAAUUUAAUUUGGACCAAUUGGUUUCUGGAAAUGGAUCGUUGAUUGAUGCUUUGAUAGCACCGACCAAUGUGACAAGCUCGGUUGUUUCAAUUGAGAUUAAUGAUUGCUAUAUUGCCAAUGCUAAUGUGGGGCAGUAUGGUGGUGCUAUUUCGAUACAGUCUUUCCUCCCGACCAACUCGACACCUCCAGCGUCGUAUGGGUUGUCGAGUGUGUUGUUGAAUGGAUCUAUAUUCUCAAACUGCUCGUCACAGGCGUCUGGUGGAGCAGUCUAUAUUACACUUGCCAAUACAUUGGUCGAGUCGUUUGGUUCGACAUUCCACAACAACUCUGCGUACAAUGGCAGUGCCAUCUUUUUGGAAUGGGGUACAUUGACAAUGAACGACACCACUGUAUAUGACCACACAUCGUUGGACUUUAACCUGACCACGUACAAACCAAACACCAAGUAUCUGUAUGGUGGCGGCGCCAUCUAUCUGUACCUGUCACAAUCCAACAUUACAGCAUCCACCUUUACCAACAACAAUCAUCUCAACGGAGGUGCUAUUCUGUCGGUUGGCAAUGCAACCGCCACCACCUACCAACCCAUAUCAAUCAGCAACUGUACAUUCACAUCCAACAAUGCUCUAGUGUCGGGCGGCGCCAUUUCAUCGACGCUAUCAUCCAACAUUUCGAUCACCGCAGUCUCCUUUUCAAACAAUUCGGCAGUUGGGUCGGGCGGCUCUCUCUUUACAGAGUCUGUCAGCUCCAUCUCUAUCGAUCAAUCACAAUUCCAAUUUGAUCAUGCUCUCUAUGGCGGUUCGAUAUGUCUAAAUGAGACGACUGGAGCAACUGUAACACGUUCUAAUAUCACCAACAACAACAACCACACCAUCCUCCAAGGUGCCGGUAUACUGGUUUCAGAGUCAACUGUAACCGUCAACUUUACAGCUAUCACUGGCAACUAUGCAGAUAUGGGUGCCAGUAUCUAUUGUUCAAAGACGGUACUACUCUUGUCCAACAAUUCAUAUGCCAACAAUACCGAUGCAGCCACUACAAAGAACCAAGUAUUUAAUCUAUUUUGUGGAACCCAAGCUUGUACCAUCACCAACCUCGACAUCUCCCCAACCACCCACAAAUGUCGAACCAUUGAAGUCAUCACCCCCAAGAGACUCCCACCCGGUGUCAUCAUUGGUAUUGUCAUUGGUUGUGUACUUGGUUCAUUCCUCAUCUUCCUCAUCAUUGUCAUGGUCAUUCGAAAUAGAUCCUUUUCCAAAUCACUUAAACCACUUUUAAAGAAAGAUGAAGAUAAUAAUGAAUCAAUACCAAAUAAUGAUAUUGAUGAAGAAUAA